AUGAAUAGCAAAGAGUCCAAAGAUUUCUCCAAGUCUGAACAGCAUUAUGCCCUCAAUAGUCCUUCAGAUGACGGCACAGAAAGCCCCAAUCAAAUGGCGUUUAUGGCUUUCAAAAGCACAACAAUUCGGAUGUAUCUUAGGAAUGGGGACCUGUUCAGGGUGAGGGAUCAAGUGCAAGUGGAUUUUGCCCAGAUAUUUUGGCUUACGUGGAUUGCAUGGCAUGCCACCCACGAUCACUAUGUACCACAUAUAGCUAUCUGCCCGUCCGACACCAAAGGCGUAGACGAAACCACUCUGCAAGACACAAACAACUCGGACAUCCUAUUGAAUGAGGGUGCACAAGAGACCACCGCGCAAGAUGACGCUGAUGCGUCGAUGAAGGAAAUAUCUCUCGACGAACCCGAUUUCCCUGUGAACCAAAAGUUUGAGGAGGUGGAAGAUGAAGAUGGCCCUCCGGACUUUGAUGAAUUUUUCAAAGACUGGCUGGCGGAGAAGAAGGAAAAGUAA